AAACUUCAUUCAUCUGAUAAUGAUAGGUCCCAGCUGAUGGUGAGCUUGUUGUGGUCACACCAUCAUCUUCUUCAAAAUGUGGAGACAUUUACGAAAAUUAUGUAUUGUGUUUCUUGUAUUUUGCGUUCCGCAAAUUUUGCUUCUAGUAGGACUCACUUCAUUCAGUAACAAGAAUGAUAAAAAGAUGGAUCUGUUUGUGUCUCAUGAUGAACCGCGGAACGGUGACGAUAUGGCGGUGGCUGUUGUUGGCCGUAGACCCUACGGUAAGAUGACAGAGGUGGUGAUGGAGUACUUGUGGCACCUGGUAUUGUACCUGAUACAGUUAACAUGGCCGCCAACAUCCAGAACAAUAAGAACAAAUACAAAACUCUUGCAAAGGAUAAAAAGAUGAUUAUAAAGAAAAUAAAAGACAAACUACAAUUAAAGGACACCAUCUUUAAAAACCAUGAAAAGAUUAGAAUCUUAAAGGAGAGCAAUAAAUUUAAACAACUUGAGGGUGAUCUUUAUAACAGCUCAGUUAGUUCGGAGAGUGACUCUAUUUGCAUCAUCCCUAAACUGAAUAUCCCAAAGGAUAUUUGUCCGAAAAGCAUUGCUUGGAAAUGCAAUUUGACACCAACGUUUUCGCUCAACAAUGGAAAUGGGUCAGUUCAAGUUAGCUGCGAUGGCGAUUUUCGUGUAAAUACCAUCGACAGAGCCUUGGUUGAUGAGGCGUUGGAAUUUAAAGUCAAGCCUGCUCAAUGGAAAUACUACAAAGGACCUGCAGUGAUCCCAUUCAAUACAGAGUACUUAGAUAUUGCUUGCAAGACAAAGAGUUUCAGAGAAAGGGACCACCAUAAUUAUCACACACAAUUCGUACCAAAGAAGAAAUUGAACAUGGAACAAUCUAAGAAGCUUAAGAAGCACCUGAUGACUGUGCCGGGCUGGGAACCACUGUCUAUCCUAGUUGUGUCCCUAGAUUCACUCUCCAGAGCACAUGCUCAUAGGCCCUGUGGUCUGCCGAAGACCAUGAAGCUGCUGAGGAGUCUUAAGGGAGAUGAGAAUUCCUUUCAAUCAUUCCUGUUUAACCGAUUCAAUUCUGUUGGCAAAGUCACCAUUCAGAACCUCACUCCACUUUUCUCUGGUCACUUAUUUGAGAAUGAAGAUAUAGAAAAAGCCAGAAAAAAAUUAGACUCUGUCGAUAUUCAAGAAUGGAUUUGGCAGUAUGCGAGUAAACGAGGGUACAUUACGAGUUAUGGUGUAGACAACACCAGCGGUAUGAUGGGUACAAAAACAAAAUGCAACGACUGUCAUUACAGACCACCAACAAUACCUCAUCGGGAACAUGGAUGGAUAGCCAGAGAAAAUGAGAAGGUGUCACCAGGUGUACUGUCUGGUUUCUGUGAUGGGGAUCAUUUUCUACAUGAGCACAUUUUGAACUACACGCAAGGGUUUCUCCAGGAGACAUACAGAGCCAAAUGGGCUGCACUUGAUAUCAAUGCCCAUCAUAGGAUUGAAGCUGAGUCUAUCAAUCAAGUAGAUGAAGAUUUGAGAAACUUUCUAGAUAAUGCCCUGCGUUAUAAUUACAACUUAGUGGUGUUUGUACUUGGUGAUCAUGGAAAGCCAUAUCCAAAGGACAUGUCUAAUCUGGGAGGCACGUACGAGUCACUACUACCAUUCCUGUCAAUUAUUAUGCCAUCAUGGUUACUAAAUAUGAGGCUGGACAUUAAAUAUAAUCUCCUUGUGAAUCAACAGAGAUACUUGACACAUAGAGAUUUACAUUUAAGUAUGAAAUCUCUGAUGCAUUUCCCAAACAUGGAUGAGGUUUCUGGAUUUGUUGGAGAAAAAGCAGUUAAUGUAUUUACACAAGAAAUCAGCAGGAAAAGAGGUUGCAAUGAAGCUGGAAUGCCGGCAUGGAGCUGUGCCUGUGGGAAAAUUAAGAAACUUGAGAAAAAUGAGUGGAGAAUAUUUCAUACUGAGAUGGUAAAAUUUGUCAUCAAUCAUAUUAAUCAAAAACAUUCUAAAAAAGCACUUUUCAAAGCCAACCAAGGAACUAGCAUGGAAUGGAAUCCAUUACAUGAAACCAGUUGUAUAGAUAUUAAUUUUGAUAAGAUUAUAAAUAUACAAGUCAGGGAGGAAGUUGAUGCCAGUGGUCAGAGUUCAACCUACUACCAUAUACUGUUCCAAGCAAAGGAGUAUAAAACAGUGUGGCUUGUAAUCCUUGAUAACAAAUGGGAGAUUCAUCAGCUCAGUCAAGUAACUCGCUAUAAUAAAUUUUAUCCAUGUGGGGACAAAUUAGUUCGAUUGGAAUUCUGUGUUUGUGAUGUCAACAAGGGAUUGCCAAACUGACAGCAUGUUACACAAGAUAAGAAGAGGGAAGUGUAGUGAUAAAAAACAUUUUAGUAUUAAAAGAAAAUAUACAGGGUAAUUUUUCUCAUAUAUAAUGUUUCUUGUAUGUAACUGUACAGAUAGCCUCUAGUUCCUAUCAAUGUAAAGUCCAUCAUUAAUCUUAUAAACUCUGCCACUGAUUUCCACUUUUAAGUAACCAAAUCUGUUGCUGAUUUACUGCUAGGUGGUAGAGUUCCAUGAUUGAUCUUGGGUAGACUGAAAAUCUGUAUCAUUUUUUUGCCCUAACAACAUUGUAGUUAAAUUCAUGUGUGUGAAACAUAUCUUGCUUUAUCACUUUUAUUUAUUUAAUUAAGUUAUUUAAAAGAGUUCAAGAGUGGCUUCCGACUUUUAAGACAAGUUAGGUGUGGGCGAGUGAUUAUGUACAGAAAUAUAAUAAUAAAAGAUUUAUUACAGGUUAUCAUAAUUAUAUUAAAUAUAAUUAACUUGGUUUACUGGGAACCCAAAAAAUCCUUUGUUCAUGGGAAAAAAAAUGUCCAACAGUAUAACAUCUACAUUCCAGCAAGAGAUGGUGACUUAUUUUUGUAAGUUUUAUUAAAUUUGUAAUUAACAUGGCAUUGUUGAAUUGUUCUUAAAAUGUUGUAAUAUUAUAUUGUGUGUGAAUUAUAUCUCGCAGAUAUAUCUUGUACCCAUCAUUUAAUAGAUGAAUCCAGCAAGUCAUCAAAGCAGUUAAACUUGCCUAAAGUCAAAUUCAAAAUGCAUUUGAAAUAUUAUUCGACUUAGAUGAAAUUUGACCACAGAUUUUUAAUUAAUGGUAAACACAACAAUUUGACAUGUAAAGUAUGAUCGACUUAGGCACAGUCGACUUAGGCAAAUAUAACUGUACAACAAUAAUCAGUCUGUCCAUCCAAUAAAUCAAUCAAUCCAAUUAUCAAUCACCAAUAAAUCAAUCUAUCCAAUGAUCACUAAAUCAUCCAAUAAAUCAAUCCAGUGAUCAAUCAUCUAAUAUAUCAUUCAAUCAUCCCAUAAAUCAAUCAAUCCUCCAAUAAAUCAAUCAAAUGAUCAGUCAAUCAAUCCAGUGAUCAAUCAUCUAAUAUAUCAUUCAAUGAUCAAUUAAUAAUCCAUCAUUCAAUCCAUUAAUAUGUCAAUAUAUCGAUCCAUCUAUCAAUCAACCACUUAAUCAACCAUACAUCGUUCACUCAAUCAUUUGAUCAAGCAAUCCAUCUGUCAUUUAAUCAAUCAGUCUAUAAUGAUCCUAUCAAUCAGUUAUUCAAUCUAUCAAUCAAUUAGUAUUUGUAUUAUUAUUGAAUGUUAAAAUGGGGCUUCAAAUAUCUAGAAUUUUUUCUUGAGUUGGAUAAAAUAGUGAUUGGCAGUUUCUAUAGUAAUUCUGCUGCUUGAUUUUACUGAAGAAUAAUUGCUUAAUUUUAAUAUUAAGAUCUAUGAUUUUACUAUGCAAUUUUAGUUCAUGAUAAAGUUGAACUUGCGUAAGUCAAAUCCAAAAUGGCAUCCAAAUACUGUUCGAAUUUAACUUACAGAUCGUUAAUCAGAGAAGAAAAAAAACAGCAAUUUGGCAUGUAAAUAAGGUCGACUUAGAGAUUAUUUGCCUUAGGCAAGUUUAACUGUAUUAACUUAAUUAUUCAUAAUUUUUAAUUGUAAUUGACAUUGGCAAUUUGAAAAAGAAUAAAAUAAAAGUAAAGUUUCAAA